AUGCUUUUCUGGCAUGGUCAACCUGACCAUUACUGGUCCAGUCCUGGGGAGAUGUACCCCAUCUCCGGCCCUGGGCUGCUCAGGGACCCCCCCGUGCUGCCCUACUUGAAGCAGGAGGAACCCAACGGCAUCUCCACCUCGCAGCCCCCCUGCCCGGCUUUCCAGUACGUGCUCUGCGCCCCCACUUCUCCCGCUGUCCGGCACCACGAGGAGACCCUCACCUACCUCAACCAGGGGCAGUCGUAUGAGAUCCGCAUGAUGGGGAACCCCCGGGUGGACCCCAGCGGGGAGGGACGGAGGAUGCUCAAGAGCGUGGUGCGGGUGGUCUUCCACGACCGGCGGCUGCAGUACUCGGAGCAGCAGCAGCUGGAGGGCUGGCGGUGGAGCCGACCCGGCGAUCGCAUCCUUGACAUCGACAUCCCGCUCUCCGUCGGCAUCCUCGAACCCCAAAUCCAUCCCACGCUGCUCAACACGGUGGAGUUCCUCUGGGACCCCUCGAGACGGACGUCCAUCUUCGUGCAGGUUCACUGCAUCAGCACUGAGUUCACGCUGCGGAAGAACGGGGGGGAGAAAGGCGUCCCCUUCCGCAUCCAGAUCGACACCUUCGGGGCGGGGGGCAAGGGGGACCCCCCGGAGCACCUCCACUCCGCCAGCUGCCUCAUCAAGGUGUUCAAGCCCAAGGGGGCCGACAGAAAGCAGAAGACGGACCGGGAGAAGGUGGAGAAGCAGCCGGCACUGGAGCGGGAGAAAUUCCAGCCAGCCUACGAGAACACCGUGCUGGCCGAGUGUGCGCCAUGGCCGGACACGCUGGGUGCACCCCACAGCCCCCCAGGGACCCCGGGGCUGCCGUCUCCUCACUCCUUCAAGCUGCUGAGCCCUGAGAGGGUGUGCGCGUCGCCCACCUGCGCUGCCGAGAGCCCCGCGGAGAGUCCUGGUGAGGCGCUGAGCCCCUGCGCAUCCCCCCUGGAGACGCAGCAGUGGCUGCACAAGUGCCGCUUCUCUGCCUAUGCCCGGACCUUUGCCAACUUUGCAGGCGCCGACCUGCUGAAGCUCUCCCGCAGGGACCUGAUCCAGAUCUGCGGAGCCCCCGACGGCAUCCGCCUCUGCAACGCGCUGACGGGCAGGUGCCCGCGGCCCCGGUUGACCCUCUAUGUGUCGCGGGAGCCCACCGGUGGGGCUGAGGGUGCGGAGGACGGAUGCUCAGGGCUGUACCAGGAGGUGCAGCUGGAAGAGCUGACGGCAGCCGAGCUAACCGGGAAGCUGGCUGAGCUGCUGGGGCUGCCCGCAGGCCAGAUCCUGCGGGUGUCCCGGCAGGGACCCUCUGGCAUCCACAUCCUCGUCAGCGAUGCGAUGAUCAGGAACCUCCUGGACGAGACCUGCUUCGUGGUGGCCGUUGGCAAAGGUAACGUGGUGGCCAGGGGCUGCGGGUAG